CCGGUGCUGUUGUGUUCAUUGUCUUACUCCCCAAACAACUUGUCCAUACUCAACUUUGUUAGCGCUGGUGUCAGACUCAGAGGUUGUGUGGUCACACAGAACCUGAUGGACUGUUCCUGGGAACUACAAAAAGGGAUUCUGAGAUUCAGUGACUGUUCCUGGGAACUACAAAAAGACAUUCUGAGAUUCAGUGACAGUUAAAAGCCAGCAGAGUACCUUUUUUUAAGAACAUUUCAACUUGAUCGAACAUGUCCAAGAAUGUGUACAUCUCUAAGGCUGCAGCUGUGGUCACUGUGGCAGUGGCAGCUUUGGCACUUGCCACUGUCAUCGGAAUGGUCUUUUUCCACCUCAUGCAAACCCAAGAAUGCCCUAAUCUGCUGCUGCCAACAGUUCUGACCAGCACUUUGGCCCCAACUGGACAACCACCCGAUAUGAGACUGCCAGGAAACCUGAUUCCAGAGAGCUAUGAGAUUUACCUGCAGACUCACCUGUACACCGAGUUGGACAGCCUCAAGGAGCAGAACUACAACUUCAAUGGAAAUUCUACUGUGAGGUUCAAGUGUGUGAAUGCUACCAACACUAUCUACAUUCACAGCAAAGAGCUCAAUCUGACUGUGUUAGGUGUGAUUGAGGAAAAUGGGAAAAACGUGCUAGUUAACCAGGUCCACCUGUUGGAAGACAUCAGAGAAUUUGCUGAAAUAGUGCUUGCUGAAACCUUAAGAGUUGGCAGAAUUUACUACCUCAUCAGCGAAUUUAUGGGAGACUUUAGGGGAUCUAAUGUCAUGUCUCUCAAUAGUUACAAGGAAAAUGGAAAAAAUGAAAGUGUUAUGAUAGCAUUCAUUGCAGCUAGUAAAAUGGAACCCAUGGACGCAAGAAGAGUGUUUCCCUGUUUUGAUGAGCCAGCAAUGAAAGCCCUGUUUAACAUCACUAUAAUCCACAGGGAAGGCUCUGUAGCUUUAAGCAAUAUGCCCCAGAAAGACCAAGUUGAAAUGGAAAUUGAUGGAGAACAAUGGAUAGUUUCCGAGUUUGUUCCUACUGUGAAGAUGUCAACUUACCUAUUAGCCUUCACAGUGUCCUGCAUGAGAUCCAAAGAGAUCCAUGAUGAGAGGCUCAUUCUAAGGACAUGGGCAAGGCCUGAAGCCAUAGACACAGGGCAUGUGGACUAUGUGCACAGUAUCACCAGGAACAUUCUCACAUUUUAUGAAGAGUAUAGUCACAUACAAUAUCCUUUGAGAAAACUUGAUCAGGUAGCGGUGCCUAAAUUAGCUGAUGGCAUUCUAGGUGUGGAGAACUGGGGUUUGAUCAUAUAUGCCGAGGACGCUCUGCUGUAUGAUGCAGGGCACUUCUCCACUACACAGAAACAGAUAUCUGCCAUCAUUGUAGCACAUGAACUGGCACAUCAGUGGUUUGGAAACCUGGUCACAAUGAGAUGGUGGAAUGACCUCUGGUUGAAGGAGGGCUUUGCAACAUACUUGUCAUAUCUGGCUGUGGACAAAGUGGAGCCCACUUGGAAUAUUAAAGAUCUCAUGGUUGUUCAGGAAACCCAGAUGGUGCUAUCCAUGGAUUCUGAAGCCAAUUAUCAUGUCCUCAGUGAGGACAAUCUACAAACUCCUGAUGACAUCAUGAACCUGUAUGACUUAAUCUCGUACUGCAAGGGGGCAGCAGUGUUGAAAAUGCUGGCCGAUACUUUGACAGAGAGUGUCUUUGAAAAGGGUAUUCAGUCUUUUUUGAAGACUUACCAGUAUGACAGUGCUGAAACACAAGAUCUUUGGAGUCACUUACAGAUGGCAGUGGACAACACCAGCCUUGACAUAGUUGUAGCAGAAGUCAUGGAUACCUGGAUACUACAAUCUGGCUACCCUAUGAUAACCAUCAACACCACAUCUGGAGAAGUGUCACAGGAACACUUCAGUCUCAACACAGACAAAGAACAGAAGGUUAUUUGGCAGGUUCCAAUAAAAGUGAUGAAAUCAGGCUCAGGAGAGAUUGGAUCUGAUUUGCUGACUGUGGAUGGACCAGUGUCGAAGCCGGUGUAUCAGUGUAAUGAAAAUGAGUGGAUUAUUGCCAAUGUUAACUGCACUGGGUAUUACAGAGUUAACUACAACCCUGAGAACUGGGAAAAACUCCUUCAACAGCUGGAGACAGAUCACCAGAAAAUACCCACCCUCAACAGAGCUCAGCUAAUUGAUGAUGCAUUUAAUCUGGCAAGAUUUAAAUAUGUUGAUAUCACCCUGGCUUUGAACACCACCAAGUAUCUCUUGAAGGACAAAGAGUUUCUGCCAUGGGAAACUGCCAAUGAAAAGCUGCUUCAUCUAAUCCUCAUGUUCGAUCGCUCUGAUGUCUGUGGCCACAUGAAGGCAUAUUUAAGGAAGCUAGUAGGUCCACUUUAUGACCAUUUUGAAAACUUCACAAUGAACUCAUCCAUCCCGGACAGUCACACUGCCCAGCUUAACCAGAUUAAUGCAGUCACAAUUGCUUGUGCCAUUGAGCUUCCAAAGUGCAAAAAGAUGGCAACGAAUCUAUUCGAAAGACUGCGGAAAGACCCAGCCACAAAUCCGAUACACCCCAACCUGAGGCCCAUGGUGUACUGCAGUGCCAUAGCUUCAGGAGGAGAACUGGAGUGGGACUUUGCCUGGGAGAUGUUGCAGACCUCCCCCAUUAAUCAAGAGAGAGAGAGGCUUAUGGAAGCCCUGGCCUGCACCAAGCACGUCUGGAUCCUCAACAGGUACCUUGAAUACACUCUGAACCCAGACAAAAUCAAGCCAGAGGACUUCAUUUCCACUAUCAGCCUCAUUGCCAAGAAUGUGGUAGGGCAGUCACUGGUCUGGGACUUUGUGGCAUCCCAGUGGUCCAACAUCAUCAAAAAGUUCGGGAAAGAAUAUUCACUUUAUCCCUUAAUUCAUGGGAUGACGCAGAGAGUUCCUACGAUAAAUGAGCAACAACAGUUAAUGAAGCUAGAAAAAAUCUACAACGAAAUGUCCCUUUACCACUCUGGUGAAAAUUUUUUUGAGUACAUCCUGAAUAUGAACAAGAUCAACAUCAAGUGGGUGGAGGAACACAAGCAAACUGUUUCCCAGUGGUUUCAAAGGGAGAUUUCACAAGGAGACAAAGUCUGACAUUUUUAUAUUUUUGUUUUAUUUAAGCAAGACUGAUUUUUUUUCUUCUUUUUUGUAUGCUUUCUGUUCUGUGUUAACAGCUGUUGCAUGAGUAGUUAUUGUACAGUACAUAUUAUCCUCGCUCCCCAAGGUACACAGCAUACAAAUUCAUCAAAAUUAUUUGUAUGUUAUGUGCAGCCAACACUAACAUACCACAUUGACACAUUUGAUAUCAUGGGAUGAUAUGUGAGGAGGGUGUUCUUGGGAUGACAAUUCUGGAUGCUUGUUACUUGUUGAUGUAUAUGUUCAAAGUUUGUAUUAAAUAUGGUUUUUGUUUUGAUUUUCAGUGUCACUCUCACACUUU